AUGAUCAUGCGGGCAUACGUCCGCAUCACGAGGAGAAACUGGGGUAUCGAUGACUGGAAUAUGGCAAUCGCAUGCCUACCUCUCUUUGUCCUGACUGGUUUUGGGGCCGCCGGAUCGUAUUAUGGUAUUGGUGCAAAAGACGGACUCUUCAUGAUAUCUGAACAUGAGGGAGACCUCGAAAUCGCAUACAUGUGUCUCUUCGUUUUUGAAAUCGCCUACUGUGUGACUGUCAUCUUUGUCAAGCUCAGUAUUGGAUUCAUGCUGAACCGCAUCGCUGAGCCAAGGAGACUGUAUAUUUGCAUAAACAACCUCAUUCUCAUACUGGCUGUGAGCACCAAUCUGGGCACGACCUUUUACAUCAUUUUCCAGUCUGAUGGAGCUCGCUGCGAGUCUACAUGGCACUUGGAGAUAGUUUAUUAUGUUUGUGCUUCAGUCAAUAUUUUCACAGACUGGGCUACAGCUCUCAUGUCAGCACAUGCUAAUGUUCAGAUGAACCGAAAUACCAAAAUCUCUGUCGCCGGUAUCUUGAGCCUGGGUUUCUUUACUUCCAUCUCGGGAUUUGUCCGAUUAAAAUACAUUCCCAAGUUAACAAGUGAAGAACACUUUGCAUACGGCCUAGGUCAGCUCCUCAUCUGGUCCUAUGCCGAACCCGCCCUCGGUAUGAUUGCUGGAAACAUCGCUACGCUCCGUCCGCUCUUCAAACGCACGUUACAUCUCGGCAGCGACAAACACAGCAAGCCCCAAUCGCUCAAACCUCGCAGCUUCAGCCAAAACAGCCCCUCAGACUCAUACCCGUCUUUUGAGGCCGAGCUCGAGUCUCGCGCCGUAUUAGACAAGGAAAUCCGGCUCACAUUCGCUGAUCCAAGCCAAGGCGUCCGAAGCAGCGUUUCGACCGAUCUGGAUAGACAACCGCGCAUUGGAGACAUGGCGGAUGAUGUAGAAUUGAUAUCAAGGCAGAAAGAUUGUAUCUUGGUCAGUCACGAGGUGGAAGUGCAUCGCGAGUGA